GCGUUCGGGUUCGUCUGCGGGACUGCACGCGGAAAGAAGGUGAGCGCGAGGAGCGUGCAAACGAGCGCGUGCAUGUAUUUAGAUCUGCAUCGUUAUAUACGCUCUAGGACAGGUAGGAGGAUUCGGGACGGGAAUGCUGCAUUGAUUCGAAAGCGCUUGCAUGAACCAAAAGCGAGAGAAAACGCCGCAUCUGAAAUGAAAUGAUGGUCGAAUUGGAGCAGAGUGACAGCAUGAAGAAGAAAUGCGCCAUCGCGAAGAUAUUCAAAGUUCGUAAGAGGCGCGAGCUGCUGUGCGCGCAGGCGGGUUUGCUGUGCAGCCUGCUGCUGGGGGUUUGGACCAUGUCGGAGCUCCUCACCCAGGCAGGACACGGCAUGAUCGUAGACGGUGGGAUAAACGUUGACGCGCACUGGGGCAGGAGGCUGAUGGCCUUGGCACAAAACAACGAGACGGUAGAGAAGAACUGUACUGAGCCAGCUGUACAUGAAUUUCCUGAGGACUUUUUCACCAACACAGAGCGGAAAAGUGGAGCAGUGCUACUGCACAUCCUAGCGGCUCUUUAUAUGUUCCUGGCGCUGGCGAUUGUGUGUGACGACUACUUCGUGACCUCCCUGGAGAAGAUCUGUGAGAAGUUGGAUCUUAGUGAGGAUGUAGCAGGAGCCACCUUCAUGGCUGCAGGAAGCUCAGCUCCUGAACUCUUCGCAUCUGUUAUAGGUGUGUUUAUUACUCACGGUGAUGUUGGAGUUGGAACCAUUGUUGGCUCUGCUGUUUUCAACAUCCUCUGCAUCAUUGGCGUGUGUGGGAUUUUUGCUGGACAGGUGGUGUUAUUGACGUGGUGGGCUGUUUUUCGGGACUCUCUCUACUACAUCCUGUCUGUUGUGGCGCUGAUUGCAUUUAUCUAUGAUGAGAAGAUUGUUUGGUGGGAGAGCUUGGUGUUGGUGGUCAUGUAUACAGGAUACAUACUGAUCAUGAAAUUUAACUCCAGCAUGCAGACUUUUUUCACUGGAAAAGGCAACAAGAAUGUUGCUAACGGGAACGCAGCAAGCGGAAACGAGUUGGAGGAUGUCAAACCUAGUAAGGCCUAUACUCGAGGUUCAGUGGUCAUGGUGGACGAGAUCAUCAAUGCCAGCCCUCCAAAUUACCGUUUCCCCGAGGCUGGGCUUCGUGUCAUGGUGACCAACCACUUCGGACCCAAAACCCGCCUUCGCAUGGCCAGUCGUCUCAUUAUUACCGAGAGGCAGAAGCUGAUGAAGGGAGCCAACGGUGUUGAGGUGGCAGUCGUGGAUGGAAAGGGUGACAUUGAGAAUGGGAAUGUGCCAGAGGACACAGUGAAGCCGAGUGAAGAGGAGGAUGGAGAACUGACCUCACCCUUCACCAUACCAAAGGGCUGCAUGAACAAGACUAAAUGGCUGAUCUCAUGGCCUCUGCUCUUACUGCUCUUCUUCACCAUCCCAAACUGCGCCAGACCUCGCUGGGAGAAGUACUUCAUGCUCUCCUUUAUCCUCUCGACUGUCUGGAUUGCGAUCUUCUCCUACUUUAUGGUGUGGAUGGUGACCAUCAUUGGCUACACCCUCGGCAUUCCUGACGUUAUUAUGGGCAUCACGUUCCUGGCAGCCGGCACUAGUGUUCCAGAUUGCAUCGCCAGCCUGAUAGUUGCGCGCCAAGGUCUGGGCGACAUGGCUGUGUCUAACAGCAUCGGCAGUAAUGUGUUCGACAUCCUGGUGGGGCUCGGAUUGCCAUGGGCUCUGCAGACGAUGGCCAUCAGCUAUGGCUCAGUGGUGAUGAUAAACAGCCGAGGGUUACUGUAUUCUGUCGUGCUGCUGCUCGGCUCCGUCGCUCUUACUAUCCUGGGCAUCCACAUCAACAAGUGGAAGUUGGACUUCAAGCUGGGUGUGUACGUCCUGGUCUUGUACGCCAUCUUCCUCUGCUUCUCCAUCUUGAUCGAGUACAACGUGUUCACUUUCGUCAACCUGCCCAUGUGUCAGGAGGACCAUUAGAAUUCCACGCAAUCCUUCACAUCUUGCCAAUGGUCACCUCCCAUCCCAUGUAAUUUCUCUCUCACCCUCUCACUCCUUUUCCUUCUAUCUAUGUCUUUCUCUUCUUUCAAUAGCUGCUGGUCUUCCACUGUAGUGUUAAAACCACCAUUACCUCAAAGUGGACCAGGAUGAUAAUGUUUAUCACACAGUAAGUUACAGAUGUUCUCUCAAUGGCAGCAGUCAACAAAGUGUUUCCAUGGUGACCAGGAGCUUGCCUCGCCAUACUGUUAUCAAACGAUAACACAAGCAUUCCACCAUGGAAAGAGCUUUUUCCUUGAUCCAAGAGGAGGAUCUUCUUGUUGGCAGCUCUUUUAUUCUUUAUUAAAAAAAAAAGAAAAAAAGACAUCUUUCACGUUGCAUAAUGGAUUUGUCAAAUGUGGAUUGUGUUGGCUUUCUCCUACCUUUUUUUCCCCCCUCGUUCUACAAUGGCUUAAUGUUAUUUAUUUAUUUAUUUAUUGCCGCUAUUUAAUUAAUUUAUUUCUAACUACUCAUUGCACUGUGACUGACGAUGUGUAUGCUUUUUUUAUUUCAUGGCACUUUGUGAAAAUUUUAUUUUUUUGUCGUGUCAAACUUUUUUGUAAUACGAAUGCAAAAUCUAAGAGAGGGAGAGAAAGAGAGUGUGUAGAAAAACAGCAGGAUAAGAUCUGGAUCACGCUUUGGUUAUGUGCCGUGUAUUGUAAAGAUGAAAGAGGUUCUUAUUCAAUCUAAGGAACUAGAGGAAUGUGGAAAUACUUUUUAGUUUAAAAAAAAGGCAUGUCAUCUAACUUAAAAAUUUUUUUUUUUGGGUCACAAUCUGAAGGAUUUAAAAAAAAAAAAUAUUGUGCAGUGAGCCCUGUGCAUCAUUGCUGUGAGUAUGUUUGUGUUUCGAGCAGGAGGCAGAGGAUCCCAGGUUGGAUCCUGAUCCUUAUUUCCAUCUUGCAGAUAUGGGUUUACAUUUUUUUUUAAACAACUCUCCAUGUAGAUACUUGCACUUUAAAGAAAAAAAAAAAGCAUCCAAGCAAGUCCUCUCUCAUCCGUGUACCAUGUGUUCUUCUGUGACGUUGUACACAAAAAGAAAGCCAAUGAUGAAGACAGCUGCCCUGCUGAUGACUAUUUGCGCACAGCUACAGAAAGCACAUCCUAUCUCAAUCCACAGUACAUGAUGGGACAGUUCGGUGAUCCUUAACCAAACCCAUCCAGCAGCAGUGGAAAAAAAAAAAAAAAAAAAGCUCAUGACACCCAUAUUGCAAAACCACGACAUGACAAAUCCGUGCGCCACAUCAUUUGAAACGCAUGUCUAAUUUCUGUGUGAGGGUUGCUGCUAAAAUAUGCAAUCUCAACAUGAGCAGCGCUUUCACGUCUUCGCAUGAAGGACAAACCUGAACUGCUCUUCACCAGGAUUUUAUUAGCUAUUUAGUAAGAAUGAGAAGAAUGUUUCAGAAGGGGGCACUAUGCAAGGAGGGGACGGGCAUUAUAUUUCUCAUCAUUUGUGAACGACUUGAAUCUGUGUCUGGACAUGAUGAGACUGCAAGAGAGACUUUUUUUUUUUUUUUUGGAAGCUGCUAACCAUGAUUGGAACGACAUGACCUCACACACACAAACACACAAACACAC